AUGAAGUUGACCACUGUGGCAAUCGCUUCCCUCGUCCACUCCGCCCUGGCGCAGUCGCCAUUGUACGGCCAGUGCGGUGGAAAGACAUGGACUGGCGCAACGACCUGCGUCUCCGGCUCUGUUUGCCAGUUUUACAAUGACUACUAUUCUCAAUGUAUCCCUGGCACAGGCUCAGUGUCCAGUUCGACGACUCUCAGAACGACAACUACAACCUCUGCGACGAAGACCGCUACCUCGACUUCCAAGCCCCCAACAGGGACUGGCUUUCCAACCACGAGUGGAACUCAUUUCACCAUCGAUGGUGUCACAAAGUACUUCCCCGGUUCUAAUUGCUACUGGUGUAGCUUCCUCCCCCUCAAGAGUGAUGCGGAGUCGGUCAUGUCCCAUUUGGAGCAGGCUGGCCUGAAGAUUCUGCGAAUCUGGGGCUUCAAUGACGUGAACACCAAGCCCAGUGACAGCACUGUGUGGUUCCAAUACCUUUCUUCGUCGGGUUCGGAGAUUAACACUGGCGCCAAUGGUCUCCAGCGUCUGGAUUGGAUCGUCGAGGCUGCCGAAAACCACGGCAUCAAACUCAUCAUCAACUUUGUCAACAACUGGGACGACUAUGGUGGCAUGAAGGCAUAUAUCAACGCUUUCGGAGGCGACCAUGCUGGCUGGUACACGAACACGCAAGCGCAGGCACAGUACCGCAAGUACAUCCAGGCCGUCAUCAGCCGAUACAGCAGCUCAAGCGCCCUCUUUGCAUGGGAGCUGGCCAACGAGCCCCGUUGCCCAGGUUGUGAUACUGGCGUAAUCCACAAGUGGGCUACGGAGAUUUCCCAGUAUAUCAAGUCCCUGGAUCCCAACCAUCUAGUGACGCUCGGUGACGAGGGUUUCGGUCUCCCAGGAGACGGCAGCUAUCCUUACACUUACAACGAAGGAGUGGACUGGGAGAAGGCGCUCACCAUCGACACACUCGACUUUGCCACUUUCCACCUGUACCCCACCUCUUGGGGCGUGUCCACCGACUGGGGCAACGGCUGGAUUAAGGCUCACGCUGCACUCUGUGCUAAGGCUGGAAUGCCGUGUUUCUUCGAAGAAUAUGGAAUGACAUAUGACCAGUGCGCUAUCGAGAGCGUGUGGCAAGACACCUCUUUGGCAGCGGAUGGAAUGGCAGGAGAUGCCUUUUGGCAGCUUGGCGACACUAUUAGUACUGGACAGAGCCACAACGAUGGAAACACCAUUUACUACGGCAGCGAUGUCUGGACAUGCUUGGUUACGAACCAUGUUGCCGAUAUUCCAUCCUGAUGCAGUGUGAGCUGUUGAUGGCUGGUUGUCUCAAAGUUGAAGGAGGAUGGUCUUGGGCUCUCGCAGAAAAAAAAAUACUCUUUCUAUAAAACAAACCUUGUACAAAGAAAUUGGAACGUCUUUCACAA